CUUGCUUUUAUGAUUUUGUACAUGUAAAAAAGAAGUACUUUUAAAAUCAUUGACUUACUUAAUAUAUUACAUAAAAUCUUUCUUUAUUCCAUUUACCUAUUAUAAUAAUUAAUUUAAUUCAUAAAAUAUUAUAUUUUUUUAAUUAAUUAUGUCAAAUCAAAAUAAAGUGCGAAAUGCUAAAGUUGAAAUAGAGUUUUGUAAAGUUUGUGAUUAUGGAGGACAUUGUUUAGCUUUGGCUGAACAAAUUAAAAGUAGUAGUCCAGAAGCAGAAGUUGACUGCAAAAAAGGUCGACAAGGUUCAUUUGAAGUGGUAGUUAAUAACAAGCUCAUAUAUUCAAAAUUGCAAAACAUGGCAUUACCAGAUUAUGAGGAAGUAGCUGAAGUAGUUCAUGAUGUGUGUGGAGGUGCAGAGCCAAGAGAAAUAAAAGGACAACAGGAAGUAAACUGUGCAAUAUCAUAACAUUUAUUAAAUCACAGCACCAUAUUUCAUAAAUAAUAAAAAAGGCAAGCUUAUAAACAUUAACAAUUGUAGAUUAAAAUACAGGCUUUAUCCUUCAACAAAGAAUAUGUUUAAACAUAUAAUAAAGAUUACAAUAGUGUGUAUUAAAAAAAUAAAUUAAGUUAUAUUUAAUAAACUUUUACAUUUCAGGGCAUAAUAGUGGUUUGAAUUGAUAGAGUACUCCUUAUCGAGGCAGAAAUAAAAUUAUUAAUAUCUUGAACAUACAUACAUACAUAAUAAUAAAUUUCCAUUUUAUAAACAAAUAAUGUUUAUAAAAUGGAAAUAAUACAACUUUUGGAUGUAAUCAACCCAAAAAUGUAUACACCCUCAAAUUUAUAUUUGGCUUUUACUAAACUUAUAAUAUAGUAAUUUGAAUUAUGUGUUCAUAAUAUUAUUAAAAAAACUAGUAUAAUUUAUUUAUUGAGCAAUGUUUGCUAAAGGGAACGAGAUUUAAAUACAACUGGCGUGACCAUUAGGACCAUAUAAAUAUAUAAAGCAUUUCUCAAUAAAAAAAAUAAACAACAAUGAAAUUGAUUUACCUAUUUAAGUACGAUUAAAAAUAUGUGUAAAAAGAAAAACAUUCUAUUGAACCUGAUA